AUGUCCGUGAGAGCUGAAGAGAAUCCCAGUAAGUUGGAUCACAUAAAAAAGGCCAAAGGGACGAAUCCUUCUUACAAAUGCGAUGUAUGUGACAAGGAAUUUAAAAACGCACCUAACCUACGGGUUCAUCGAAAGAUACAUUUGGCUGAGAAGCCCCAUACGUGUCGUUUUUGUAAUAAGGGGUUCGUUACCAAACGGAACUUACAGCAAAACCUUAGGACACAUACCGGAGAGAAGCCAUACAAAUGUGAGAUUUGUUGCAAGUGUUUUGCUACAAAAUUGAUUUUAAAGAGACACUAUAGGGUCCAUACUGGAGAGAAGCCGUAUUCCUGUGACACCUGUGGUAAGAAAUUCAGUAGUUCCGGUGGCUUGAAGGAGCACAAACGUACACAUACAGGAGAGAAGCCAUAUAAAUGCGAUAUUUGUGGUCACGGAUUUACCUGUACAAGUAACCUCUACAGACAUUUAAGGAGACAUGCUGGGGACAAGCCACACAAAUGUGACUUAUGUAACAGGGGAUUCCUACUUGCUGGUAGCCUAAAGACCCACAUCAUGACACAUACAGGAGAAAAGCCAUUCAAAUGUGACAUCUGUGGCAAAGAUUUCAGAAAGAUACAAUACCUUCAGAAAACCUGA